UUUUCUCACUCUAGCUUAUUGCACCAGUUCAGCAGUGCAGCUACAAAGAAACAGACCAUAUGGUUGUCAGCCACAAUAUAAAAAUGAGGCGCACGCCAUUGGAAAAACUGUGAGCACAUGUUUGUGUUACUUCUUGUGAAUCUAACAUAUUCAUCCAUAUAAAUUUUAAUAUUAAAGUGUAUCAUAAUGGUUGUAAGAGGUAAAAAGAAGUAUCAGACUGGUGAGGGAGCACAAUUUAUAACAAGAAGAGCUGCUCUCAGGAAGUUACAGUUAACAUUAAAUGAUUUCCGUAAAGUAUGCAUCUUAAAAGGCAUAUAUCCAAGGGAACCACGCAAUCGUAAAAGAGCACAAAAGGGUGAACCUGGCAUUAAAACUUUAUAUCAUAAAAAGGAUAUUCUAUUUUUGAUGCAUGAACCGAUUAUAUUAAAACUCAGAGAUUACAAGAUAUUCAACAGAAAAAUUGGAAGAGCAAAAGCAAUGAAAGAUUUUGCUAAAGUAAGAAGAUAUUUGAACAAUCAUCCUACAUUAAAGCUGGAUCAUAUAGUCAAAGAACGUUAUCCAACAUUUAUAGAUGCUCUACGGGAUUUAGAUGACUGUCUUACCCUUUGCUUUUUAUUCAGCACAUUUCCAUCAUUACCUCACAUACCAAGAGACCAAUCAUUAUUAUGUAGAAGAUUAACAAUUGAAUUUCUCCAUGCUGUAAUUGCAGCUAAAGCAUUACGUAAAGUAUUUGUAUCCAUCAAAGGAUAUUAUUACCAGGCAGAACUAAAAGGGCAAAUUAUAACAUGGAUAGUGCCGCAUCAUUUUUGUUUUGAACCUCAAGCAAAGAAUGAUGUCGACUUCAAAGUCAUGUCUACAUUUGUAGAAUUUUAUAUUGUGAUGCUUGGUUUUGUAAAUUAUAGAUUAUAUCAUAGUCUAAAUUUAUAUUAUCCUCCCAAGUUUACUAACACUGGAAAUUUAGAAAAAGCUUUGAUUGAUGAAGAAGCAUUUGUAUCAGAGAGAAUAAGUACAUUGAAUGUACCAUUGGUUUGUUUAGAUCCUUCGAUACAAAUUGUUGAAGAAGCCGAAACUGAAAUUGAUAAUUUCUCAAAUGAAACAGACUCUACGAAGAUAGAAACUGCUAGAAUAGAAGCUGAGAAAGUACAAAAGUUAAAAAACUUGUUUAAAGACAAAAAGAUUUUUAUAAAUAGAGAGGUACCUAGGGAACCGUUAGUAUUCAUUAUACGUUGUUUUGGUGGAGAAGUAUCUUGGGACAAAUCACUUUUUAUUGGUGCCACUUUCGAUGAAAAAGAUGAAACAAUAACUCAUCAAGUUGUAGACAGACCACACAUAGAUAAACAGUAUAUGUCAAGGUUUUAUGUACAACCACAGUGGAUUUUCGAUAGUGUAAAUGCAAGAGAAUUAUUACCUGUAGAAAAAUACCUGAUGGGUGCUAUUCUUCCUCCUCAUCUAUCACCAUUUACAGAUGCACAGCAAGAUCAAACUUAUAUCCCUCCAGAAGAACGUGCUCUUAUGGAUCCUGAUUAUAAACUAAAUGAUUUCGAAACAGAUCUUAAAGAAGAAACUGAAGAUGAUGAAGAGGAAGGUAAAGAUGAAGAAGAGGACAUUGAUAAUGAUGACUUAAAUAUGGAAAGUGACGAAGAAACUGAGGAAGAAGAAAAAAAACAAGGAAAAGAAGAAAAUGAUGUCAAUAACGAUGCACAAAUUGUUACUGAACAAGAGAAGGGACAAGAACGAUUACAAAAGAAGAAAAAUAUGAAGGUAAAGGUUGGUGAAAUCGCAAAAAAAAAUACAUGGGAAGAAGCCCAGCGUCAGAAGCAGGAAUAUCGUCUCCGAGAAAAAAUGAUCCCAAGGAAAAAUCGAAAUCUGUACAGAAGCAUGAUGAAAGGUCGAGAAGAGAGACGUAAAGCUAUCUGGCUUUUGCGAAAGAAGAGGCGUAUCCAUGAUGCUAAUAAAAAGGAAGAAGCAAAGAAGCAGCGUAAUAUAAAAAAAAAGGAAGUAAUCUGUUAAAUAAAAUAAUUAUUUAGAUACAAAAUAAAGUAUGUUUUGUUCUUAAAUUUGAAAUUUGAAAAAUGUGUUCUUAACAGGUAAUAACUCAUAUAUACUAAAAGUUUUUUCAUUCGAUAUAAGCUUCUGAAUUAUAUCGAGAAAAAUGUCUAACAAGCGGAGGAGGUUAUAAGUUGGUUAAAAAGUGCACAUACAUUGUUUAUAUCAACACAGUUUAAAUAAUAUUGUAAUGAAACAUAUUUAUCUCUCAUA